GCGGUGGAGUGUUACCCGUAUGUCGCGCAUGUGCGGUGACGUCCGGACGUGUCGGAGGCGGCUGCGGAGUGCGAGCGGCCGGAGCUGCGGCAUCGAGGCGACGGUGACGACGGCCGUCACUGGGUGCCCGGGUUCCCCCUCCCCCGCGCCGCCGGCCUGAGGGUGGGGGGCGGAGGCCUGGCCCGCUCUGCAGCACCGGGGCUGGCUGAGACGAGAGUAAGCUCAUCCCCGCAGCCGUCGCCACCCCUCAUCCGAGCCGUAGGCCGCGCCCGGAGAGCGGCCGCUGCGCCGCCGCCCGCGGCCCAGGUUUUACCAAGAGACAGUACAUCUAACACUUAACUUGGAUCAUCUCUUGUGCAUCAGCUUGAAAAUCAUAACAGCCCCCAAAACUGACAUUUGAUCUGAAAGAAAAAGCUGUGACAUAUGGACAAUAUGUCUAUUACUAACACACCAACAAGUAAUGAUGCUUGUCUGAGCAUUGUUCACAGCUUGAUGUGCCAUCGACAAGGUGGAGAGAGUGAAACUUUUGCAAAACGCGCAAUUGAAAGUUUAGUUAAAAAGCUAAAGGAGAAAAAAGAUGAAUUGGAUUCUUUGAUUACAGCUAUAACCACAAACGGAGCUCAUCCUAGCAAGUGUGUUACAAUACAGAGAACGCUGGAUGGGAGGCUUCAGGUGGCUGGUCGCAAGGGAUUCCCUCAUGUGAUUUAUGCUCGUCUUUGGAGGUGGCCUGAUCUUCAUAAAAAUGAACUCAAGCAUGUUAAAUAUUGUCAGUAUGCUUUUGACUUAAAAUGUGACAGUGUCUGUGUAAAUCCUUACCAUUAUGAGCGUGUAGUAUCGCCUGGCAUUGAUCUCUCGGGACUGACACUACAGAGUUCUGCUCCAUCAAGUAUGUUGGUGAAAGAUGAAUAUGUUCAUGACUAUGAGGGGCAGCCAUCAUUGUCUUCUGCUGAAGGCCAUUCAGUCCAAACCAUCCAGCAUCCACCAAGUAACAGGGCAUCUACAGAGCCUUAUAGCACCCCAGCCAUGUUAGCUCCUACUGAGGCUAGCACUACCAGCACCACUAAUUUUCCCAACAUUCCUGUGGCUUCAACAAGUCAACCUCCCAGUAUAUUGACAGGUAGCCAUAGUGAUGGACUCUUACAGAUUGCUUCAGGGCCCCAGCCAGGAACUCAGCAGAAUGGGUUUACAGCUCAGCCAGCUACUUACCAUCACAAUAGUACUACAACUUGGACUGGAAGUCGGACAGCAGCCUACACACCUACCAUACCUCACCACCAGAAUGGCCAUCUUCAACAUCAUCCACCUAUGCAUCCUGGGCAUUACUGGCCAGUUCACAAUGAACUUGCAUUCCAGCCUCCUAUUUCAAAUCAUCCUGCUCCAGAAUAUUGGUGCUCAAUCGCAUAUUUUGAAAUGGAUGUGCAAGUCGGGGAAACAUUUAAGGUCCCUUCAAGCUGUCCAAUUGUUACUGUUGAUGGAUAUGUGGAUCCUUCUGGAGGAGACCGUUUUUGCCUGGGCCAGCUUUCCAACGUGCAUAGAACAGAAGCCAUUGAGAGGGCAAGGUUGCACAUAGGUAAAGGGGUGCAGUUGGAGUGCAAAGGAGAAGGUGAUGUGUGGGUUAGAUGCCUCAGUGACCAUGCAGUCUUCGUUCAAAGUUACUACCUGGACAGAGAAGCAGGGCGUGCACCAGGGGAUGCAGUUCACAAGAUUUACCCAAGUGCAUAUAUAAAGGUGUUUGAUUUACGCCAGUGUCAUCGUCAGAUGCAACAGCAGGCUGCCACGGCCCAAGCUGCUGCUGCUGCUCAAGCUGCAGCAGUAGCAGGAAACAUCCCCGGACCAGGAUCAGUAGGUGGAAUAGCCCCAGCCAUUAGUUUGUCAGCUGCUGCUGGAAUUGGUGUAGAUGACCUUCGACGCUUAUGCAUACUCAGGAUGAGUUUUGUAAAAGGUUGGGGACCUGAUUACCCAAGGCAGAGCAUCAAAGAGACACCGUGCUGGAUUGAAAUUCACUUACACCGUGCCCUCCAGCUUCUAGAUGAAGUACUUCAUACCAUGCCUAUUGCAGACCCACAGCCUUUAGACUGAGAUCCUUCUGCUGCACUGCUGCAGGCCAUUAUAUUGUGAGGAUGAUGGAUUGUAAAAUACAGUACUGUUUAUAACCUGAAGAUAUAUUUUACUUUUGUUCUACCUAAUCUUCUAAACCCAGGUUUUAAAAAUAUGUUUGCCGUCUUGCUCUAAGCAGAAAGAAAUUAAACAUGCAGAAUUUGGAUUUCAGUUAUUUUCAGAACUUAAUUGUCAUAAUACAAGGCUUAAAGUGAAAUGUAAAUGCCUUACAGAGACUUUUUAGUACUGGGUUUGUUCCCUUUGAAACUUUCCUUCUUUAUUAUGGCAUCUUCGUGAUAAGUCUCACAGGAGCCUUUUGUAUGCAGAAUAUAUAUUAUAUAUAUUUAUAUCUGAAAAUUCCUUCUACUAGUUACAAAUAUUUACCUUGUAGCAACUUUAAAGUUCCAGCUGAUUUAUGAUGUUCUUUUUAGGGAACAAUAAUUAACAGAAGACUUCUUUAUUUUGUUGACAAUCUUGUUAUGAUUUUUCCAGAUUAAAACAUAGAAGCUGCCAAAAAGUGAGGGGAUGAGACAUAUGUUGUUGGCACUGCUUAAAAAUAGCAAGGAAAAGAAAUAUGGCUUUUCCUUCUCUAGUUUUUUAAAAAAGAUAUCUUAGAUUUUUAUUUAUAUAGACAGAUGAGUUUUAAAACACUAAAGGAAAUGGAUACUUUCAGUGCUGGCACUCAAAUAACAUGAAAUACCUAGUCUGCAAAGUUGCCACUGAAAUUGCAUAACAAGCACCUAAUGGCAGGAAUAUAUUUUCAUCAUUACUACUGACUUCUAUGAUUUUACUCAACUAAAAUUUGGCAGGUAUUUCAAAGAAGUCACAUGACUCUUUUUACUUGCAUAUACCAUUAAAUUAUGUAUAAUAUUGCAUCAAUAUUUAGGAUCUAGUUUUUUGUAUCUGUUCACCAUUUCCACUCAGGGCAAGAUGGCAAACUUGUUUUUAUAGCUCUUGGUUAAGCCCUAUGCCAUCAAUGACCAUAUCAAUUGGCAAUGACUUUGUAUAGAGAAUUUAUAGUAAAAAACCCUGCAAAUGUAUUGACUCUAUGACAGAUAUGUGUAUGCUUUCUCUCUAGCUAAUACAAAAAGCCUGGGUUUUAUAAAUUUAGUUUGCUUAUAUUCUGCAUCUUGAAACCAUUGAUCUUGAGCGAUGGAUUCCUUUCCUUUGCAAAACCUGCAGCAGCCAGUAGUGGUAGGAAUUUUUGUUGGUUUAAAUUUGCCAGGAACAAGUCAAAUUUUUCUUACUUCCACCGCUUCUCAAUAAAAGCAUGUCCUGAGGAUAUCUUUUUGACUGUUUGAUGCGGUAUGGAGAGAGAGCAGGAAUUCCUUCUUUUUCAGCAUGUGUGUAGGGAGUUGGAGCUUAAUUAAACCGGCUUAGGUCAUACAUUGAAGUCUUUCAAGCGCUGCGGGUUCAGUCUGUCUGCUGUGCUGUGCUGGAGUGGUUAACAGAAGUCUUGGAAGAGAUUAUUCAAAAGCUUUUGGACAAGUUUCUUGCAUAGUUUCAGGAAUCUGUAGAGGGCUGUGACACACAGUGUUUAGAUAUUGCUUCUCCCAUAUGCUGGAAUUCUGAUGAAGUCAGCAGUCAUUGUUUCUCUUAGGUGUGGAAGUACAGAAGACAGAUGACCUGAGUGAUGGCCAGAAAUAGAUCCAUUUUCUCUGUAUUUUCACUAACAGUGCUGUCUUCUUCAGACUAAUUUCUAAUGAGAUCACUUUUUCUUUUCACUUAUGUGGAAACUUCUUGAUGUAUGGAAAAAUAGUGUUUGCUUUUCUUGAAGCCUUUAGUUAAAAACCUUUUUCAUUUUGCUUUCUCUCCCAAGUGAUCUAUUUUGUCUGCAAAGCAAGCUGCUUCACAGUCUUGAGGAAGACUCUCAGUAGAGGAUUCAGACCACAUCCUCAGAGAAGCUUAUUAACCAGCAGUUUGGUUACGCUUCAUCCACAACAGAAACCUUGAUUUGGGGGAAGAAAUUAAAAGCCUGACGUGUUUUUCUUGCCAGCCUCCCUAUUAUAUUGUCUGCCCUGCACUUACUGCUGGGUUCAAGGUGCCUUGGUGUUUGGAAAGUAUGUAACCUGACUGAUGAAUUGCUUAUAACAGGCUGUUCAUUUGAUUAGGAGUCCAUGAGCUUACUCCCUAUUUAACUUUGUGGCUUUGCAAGGUGUUUUUCUUGGUGGAUGACUGAUCUGUAUAUGACUACUUCACAGACAGCUUUCUGUACCAGUUGCUUCUGCUUUGAUUGUGCCAGACUUUGAUAAAAUAGUGAAAGAUUGCUUCUACCUGUUGGUGUAUUGGCCUGUACUAUGGUGUGAAAGAAUUCAACUUUUAAGAUUAGUUUUCUUUGCAGAUGUUUUGCAAGUCUCCUUAAGUCUGCACCUACAGCGUAGUAUUUAGAUGGCUCAAAAUGUUUGGAAUAGAACGACAAAAUAAUGUCAGAUGAGUUUAUCAGAAACAAAAAAUUGCAGGCUCCACGUCAGGAGAAAUCUGAGCAUUGUGUGAGGCAGUACAAAUACUGAAAAGGCAUUUAUCUUCUCCAUCAGGCAGUUUCUGAUAAGAUGCUGUCGUAACUGUUAAAGAUCAAAAAGAGAAGCUCAUUCUUAAUUCUUAAUAUGUAUUUAACUUAAUUUUUUAUAUUUUUAUGACAAGGCAUAAAAGGCAGUGCAUAAUGGAUUAAAAACCCUUCAGUAGCAGCGCACUGAAUCUUUGAGUCUUGCAUUUAUCUCUUUUUCUGAGAGCUGAAGAACUGCAGCUACUUGAUAGCCAUGAUGACCCCUAUACAUGCAGCAGGCAGGAAUGUCAAGGAUGCCAAAAUCAUGUCUCCUUCAGCUCUGAAUGUUUCAAAUUCAACAAGUAUUUUUUCAGCUAGCAAUCUCCUGCUUGCAGUCCUGUUCCCAUGUCUGCUCUGCUUAGUUCUUUCAAUGAAAUAAUUACCUCUGUGUUUCUCACCCUUGAUUAUGUGCUCCUCAAAAAACACAUUGUGCUGGAAUACUAUUUUAUUUCAACUUCAUGUACUGGUGAGCUGGGAUUAACACCAGAAGGUUUAGAUUGCUUUAUCUGUGUUACUGUUAGUUUUGAAAGUGAGGGCAUUUAAGGUUAACAUGGUAGAGAUGUAGGAGAGAAAAGCUUUUCUCUGGAAUGGUUUAAAAAUAAUUAAUUCUACAGGAAUCUCUUGGAAGGAGCCAUAACCGCUAAACAGUGGUGGUUGAAAGUAUUCCUUUCAUCACUUUUCUGGGCUUGAUGAGAAUGACGUACUCAGAGACCUGGAGACCCUGGCUGUGAUGUAAACCACUUCAUUUACAGCUCUGGCCUACUGAAGACCUGGGAAGUACCCUUCUGCUUUCUAGAGAGGGACCUACACUGCAAACAAGACAAUGGUCUCCCCCAGUCACCAAACAGGUCUGUAGCAGCAGUAGUCAUCAAACCGAUGUCCAGCUCCUGUGCCUUACCUUUGAAACCAUCAUCUCAUAACACUUCUGAUGACAGCAUUCUCUCUGUGUGGCUCAGGAACAACUGCCUCUGUUCUUUUACUAGGAACCAUUACAAAAUUUGUAUACCAGUGUAUAUAGGAGGGGCUUCUGCCUCUAAACCCUUCAGAUGUUGUCUUGAUAGUGGUCUUUAUUGAAGCAUCUUUAAUCUCUUCUUUGAAGAGUAAGCGCUUUAGAAAGGACUGUUUCCUCAAUUUGCAUUUUUACUCUGUUACACAGAGUGACUAGGUUUGCUAGUCACUAAUGCAACUAGUUAAAGACAGCCACAUGGAUCUUCAUCUAAGUGGGAUUCAGACUUCAUUUAAGAAAUCCUCUUUCCUCCCCCCCUUCUCUCAGGCUCCAUGCUAAUUAACAUCUGCUCUAUAAAAUUCUAAGAUGCUUAGUUGUCAGGUGUUUUUAAGGAUGCAGUUUUGGAGAGGUUACCUUCUUUUGGUUUUUGAAAGAUUUUAAAAGCUAUGGUCUUGCCUGGUCCUGCUGAUAACAGGAUUAUUUCCAUGACUGGUAUCAGGUUUUUGAGGAGCAUGGCAUUGUUCUUGGGACUGAGAAUUGCAAGUUGCCUGUCAUAGGCAUGUGUUCAAACCAGCUUUGUGCUCAUGCUUCUAAUCUCUGAUGCAGCUCAUUGGCACUUUGGUCCUGGACAGGGAAACAAAAAUGGAAAGUGCUUCUCCACCAGUCAUGUAGGAGCUGGAUGCCGAACAUCUCCUUUUAUUGUGUCAUUCACUUUCAAAACAUCCUUCUUGAUUGUGUGUUUCUGAAAAUUAUCUAAGGCAUGUGACCGUGCUGACUCAAAGCUGCUGCGCAUGAUGCUGCUGAGGUCCCCAAGAACUGACUUGACUUUUCAGCAACAUGAAAGUUUCACUUGGUGAGACCUCGUGAAAGCAGAACUGUCAACAAUAUCUCAAGAGGUUUUGGCUCUGUUGGCUGCAGUUGAGCCUUUUGGGUGAUACAUCGUUCCUAAAUUUGCAGGACUUGUAUAAGUUCACUAAAACCACAUAGCACUUUCUUGCUCCUAUACCUUUUUCUGUGUCUUUCUGGUGAAGUUUGGUAGCAGGACAAAGUGAUUCAGCUGGAUUGAGAGCUGCAAAGUACCCACAACCCAAAACCUGCUGUGAGAGGGGUUUUUUGAGCAUGAAAGCCUAGUUAAGCAUUUCUUCUUUCAGCCAUUGCCUUUUGAUAAGUGGUCAACAGAAUUCCCAGUAGUUCCUUUGUAGCUUACUGUAUGUUUUUCAUUCAACUUAGUUUGUGGAUAAUAUACUGUAGUUAACUUUCCUGAAAUUCUGUUACAGAGUAUGUUUUUGAUUAAAAAAGGUAAAGAUUCAA